AUGACUGAACCCUUCCCGACCCCAACAGCGACACCGAAACGCAAGCGAGACGAGGACUUUCCCUUGUCUCCGAUAUUUACCACCUCGAGUUUCUCCUUCCAGCUACCCGAUGCCAAGAGCGACGAUGAAGGAAGCGGGAGCCCGCACAGCAAGGUCGUCCACAAGUUUCGUGGUUUGGCCUUGAAUGGAGGUGCUGGUGGGGGCGGGGUGCUGGCCCAGCAACAGAAGCGAGAUUGGCCAUACGACCCUACGCCGGAAGACCGUCGGGACGGGUACAACGACGACCCUUUCGCAAGCCGAAAGAGAGCCAAGGUCCCAGAGCUGGAUAUGAAGGACGCCGAAGCAGUCGUAGCCGAACCAGUUGUCAUUCCCGACCCGGAGAUCAAGAGCGACCCUGUUCCUGCAGUCAAGUUCAAGUCGGUUACCGGCGACACCACUGAUACAACCACCGAGGAGAUUCUACAGCCUAUAGCGAUGACUGCCGCCGCUACAAACCUGCAACGCCCGCACUCCUUGAUGAAUCGACUACAUGACCCCAAGUCUAAGGGACGAAGACGCGCCGGCACCCCGCCGCUGAAGGGUCGCAAGGGCAAGGUCGCCCAGGCGCAAGACGAGGACCGGGAGAUGAAGAUCGUGGACCCGGUCCGGGCCGCACUGACGUGGAAGGAGGAGGAGAUUACGAUUUAUGACCCCGAGGAUGAGGACGACGACGGAACAGGAAUCAACGGUGUCGGCUUCAUGCCAACAGCCGCCAUGGCUUACGUGCGAACGCAGAAGCGCCGGCUUCAGCUCGCCGAGUACAAGAAGCGGGAAGAGAGCGAGGCCAGAGCCCGGCGCAACCAGCGCAGACGGGGCAGCGCCGCGGGCCUAUGCUCUGGUAACAGUAGUGGUGGCAGGGGCGGCGGCGUGCGAAAGGUUCGCUUCACAGAAGCAGAGCCCAACCCGGUUGUGACGAACGUAUGA